AUGAGGAGAUAUUUGGAUAUAAGAUGGAUUCCUCUGCCGUGGUCGAGGAGGGACAAUACACAGAAUGAGUCCAGUCCCCUCAUACCAAAGGCAGACUCGUCCAAAGAGGGUGCUCAGGAGCUCGGCUAUGUCACCAAUGAACAGGACCACGACAGCCCUGUAUUCUCAAGGAUCCAAACCUACUACAGAUAUUCAUUGAUGGACUAUUUCCUAAAAUACUUCCUGUUCCUGUGUAACCUGCUGUUUACGGCUCUGGGCCUUGUGGUUCUGGGCCUGGGGAUGUGGGGCCUCAUCACCAAAGAGUCAUUCGCCCAGGAGUCGAUCGGCAGCAUCGGCACCGACCCCAUGCUGAUACUUGUGACGCUGGGCUUCGUGCUGACUGUGCUCUGCCUGUCCGGCUGUGUGGGCGCCCUGAGAGAGAACUGCUGCUUACUGAAGCUGUUCUCCGUCGCCGUGCUGGUGCUUAUCUCAGCCCAGGUGCUGGCGGCCAUUGUUGCCUACAGUCUCCAAGAUCAGAUCGGGAGCUACCUGCGGUCAGGAAUGUUAACUGCCAUGGCGCGUUAUCAGGAUGACCUGGACCUGAGGUUCAUCACAGACGAGAUCCAGACAAAUCUGCAGUGCUGUGGGGCAGAUAACUACCGCGACUGGGAAGUCAACAUAUAUUAUAACUGCUCAGCCCCAGGAGUGCUGGCCUGCGGUGUCCCUGCGACCUGCUGUGUGGACCCUCUGCAGAACGGCACGGUGUGGAACUCGCAGUGUGGCGUGGGAGCCCAGCUGCUCGAUGAGUUCACCGCUCAAAGUGUGAUCUUCCUGGGCGGAUGUCUGGGGGGGAUCUCCCGCUGGAUCGAGCAGCACAACGGCCUGAUAGGGACGGUCGCCGUCGUCGUACUCGGGGUCCAAAUUCUGACUCUGUUUGUGACCACGCGACUGCUGGAAAUCAUCCAGAGACAAAAAGUGUAUAUGUGAUCUAUCAUGGACAUUGAAUGAGGGCUGACUGCUUUGUUUGCAUUCUGGCUUUGUUUUUUUGGACACAACCACGAGCAUUUUCUGUCAGCUUGCUUGUAAAGAAAGUUCACUAAACCUGUGCAGCUCCAGAGGAAAAGACAAAACAAUUAGACAUUUCGCUAACAAAAAAUGUUGAGGUGCAAAAUGCACAAUGCAUUAUUCACCCAGCGAAUAUACUUGUUUUAAUAUAACAACAAAUGCCAUCAAAACAAGCUCAGAAACAAAUGACACUUGCAGAUUAAAUAACAAGCAGCACAGAUAAUAAAUGGGUGGAUGAGACCCGAUCGAACAUUUACCACUGAAUCCAUAGUAUGUGCCUUACAGCUUCAUUGUGCUGGAAAACCUUUUCUUGGACAAGUUGUGUUUGUGUCCCGACAUCAAAUCAGGACCCGAACCGGUCACCAUCUCACUCAGGUUCUCCUGAUGCGAUAUUUAAAAAAUGCACACCUUUGAUUUUGUUACAAGGGUUAAAUGAAAAGACCAAAACCACUAUAUGUCAUUAGUUUAGACUGUGGAUAUUGUACAUAUUAAACAACAAAACAAGAUUCAUCAGCUAUUUCGCUCUACUCUUCAUUUAAAAAGGGACAAAUAAAGCAUUAUAAUGGAAACGGUGUAAUACUUCCUACACAGUCGCAUUGGUUUCAUGCUAAGCUGUUCGGUUUGACGAGAAGGAAAAUAAAGGAGAACAAAAAAAUUGAAUUUGACAAAGCUUCCAGUUACAUCUCCCCUUGUCACCUCCAUGACAUAUAAGACACGUGCUCGAGAACCUUACGAAAAAUAUAUUUGAUGUUUAUAACAACAAAGAGCAGCAUCUACACUAUACCGAUACAUAGUUCACAUACUAGAAUUCAGACCGAUAUUGAUGAUGACGUUAAGUGGGGCCACACUGGUUCCCUCUGGUGAAUAGAAAAAUAAUUUCACAGUGAGGAGAGUCAGAUGAUCCCGGACUGAACCAAUUCGUGUAGCUCCAGAUGGCUGCAGGCUUCCCACGUGCAGAUCACAGUGAUGUCUAGAAGAGAGA